AUGGUGGAUGUUGAUAAGGAUGAAUUAGAAAAGACAUUACGUGUCUUUCAAAAAGAAUUUUAUACUUUAAAAGAUGAAAGUGAUAAUUUGAUAUUCCCUGUUUUCAAUACUCUACCAUUAAAAAAAGAAUAUCCAGAUUACUAUGAAGUUAUCAAAAAACCUGUUUCAUUAAAUACUUUGAAAAAAAGAGUUCCUCAUUAUACAGACCCUCAGCUGUUUUUAAAUGAUAUUGUACAGAUGACAUGGAAUGCAAGAAUUUAUAAUGCACCUGAGUCCAUAAUAUAUAUAUACGCAAGAAUACUCGAUGCUUACAUUAGAAAGACUGUUGUCCCUAAAUUAAUUAAGAAAUACCCUCAUGUCGUAUACCCUAACCCUGGACCCUUACCUGAACCUGAAGAUAAUAAAAUUCAAGAGGAUAUGUUGGCAAAAUAUGGUGGAAUACCAUUACAAACUGAACUACCAAAAAAGAAGGAUAGUAUUGAACAAAUAGAAAAUGAUUCUGAACAUCAAGGAAUGAAAACAAGAUUUAGAAGUACAAGACAGAGUGAAAGAAAUACAAACAACAAUCAUAUUUCACAACAACAGGGAAAACAGCAGAGUAGCCAUGAUGUUGUUUCUGGAACAACCCCCAAUUCCAUAUCUUUACUAUCAAAAAAGGAUAAACUUGAUGACAUGGGUACUGAAACUGCUCAAUCUUAUACAUCUAACAAUUCAUCACAAUCAUCUCUUUACCAAAUGAACGAAGCGACACAAUUAUCGUCACUUCAAAAUCAGACCCAAUUUCCAUCACAUCGAAAUCCAGCUAUACUUCAAUGGCAGUUUCCAAUAAUAAGACAAGGAUCAGAUAAUCAGUCUAUGUCUAGGAGUCGGGGCAGGCCGCACAAGUUACGUUCCCCAGAAAGUUCUCCUUCUGUUACGCCUACCUACUCAUAUUCAAAAAAUGCCCAACAUAAGUUAUAUACCAAACGUGGUAGACCUCCUGUUAUUGAUUUGCCAUAUUUACAGAGAAUCAAAAACAUUUUAAAGAAUUUGAAAAAAGAACGUGACCUUAAACAAAAAUUAUGGAUAACAGCACCAUUUGAAAGACUACCUGGUGAAUUUCAAAGUGAAACAAUUAAAAAAUCAAUUCCUGAUCCCUUAUGUUUAGAUGAUAUAAGAAAAAAAGCAAAACAUCGUAAAUACAAGGACUUUCAAAGUUUUCAAAAUGAUAUAAUGCAAAUGCUGAGCACGUUUAAAUUAUUUUAUAAGGACAAUAACACUAUGUUAAGAAAUAUUUCAAACUUAGAAUCCGUAUAUGCCAAUUUGGCAAGAAUAGAGCUAGCUAAACCAGAUCGUUCUUUCCUUCCAGAAGGUGAAGUUAGAAUUCCAUAUGAAGAUGUAACCGUUAACAAUAUCACAUAUCAUAUUGGUGAUUGGGUAUUCAUAAGGAAUCCAACUGAUGAAAACAAACCUAUUGUUGGGCAAAUCUUUAGAAUUUGGAGUAUGCCGGAUGGAAGUAAAUGGUUCAAUGCAUGCUGGUAUUUUAGACCUGAACAAACUGUUCAUAGAGUUGAUAGAUUAUUUUAUAAGAAUGAAGUUAUGAAGACUGGUCAAUACAGAGAUAGCUUAGUAACUGACUUGGUAGGUAAAUGUUAUGUGGUUCAUUUUACUAGAUACCAAAGAGGUGAUCCUGAUAUUAAACUUGAAGGUCCGAUGUUUAUUUGCGAAUUUCGUUAUAAUGAGACAGAUAAAGCCUUUAACAAGAUUAGAACAUGGAAAGCUUGCCUACCAGAAGAGUUACGUGAUCAAGAUGAACCUACUAUACCUAUUGGUAGUCGAAAAUUUUUUAAAUAUCCUUCUCCAAUUAGACAUUUGUUGCCUCCUAAUGCAACACCGAACGAUCCAAUACCAGAACCUGUUGAGGGUGUACCGGAUGGACCACCAUUGGUUGGUGCCGUAUAUAUUAGACCUCCAUUAAAACGGGAUGAUCUAGGUGAAUAUGCAUCAAGUCCAGAUUCUCCUAGGCACAUCAUUAGACCUGGAGAACCCUAUGGUGAAGGUAAAAUAGAUUUUGAGAUGGGUACAUUAACAGUUUCUGCGUCUGCCGUUGGUAAAGUAAGCUACUAUCAAGCUAGAAAGGCACAAGCUACCUUAGUUGCUGAGGCGAAUGCAGGGAAAAUACACUCUCAAGUACAUACAGGAAUUGAUAAUAGUGCAUUCAAUAACCUGAAUAUACACAACUUCAACAAAAGUCCAAUCACUGGAAUUGAUGGAAACAAUAGUAAUAGUAUCCAGUUGGAUAACAGGAUUACGUUUCAGAAGUUGAAACAAAGACAAUUACAAAAAAUACAAGAUCAACAAGAUCAACAACGCCAACAACACAUGAGUAAUCAUGCUACUAAUUACAAUCUCACCAAUGUUAUUAACAAUAUGUCUUCCUUGGCCUCUAAGAAUGCUUUAACACCAAUAGAUAUAGAUUCACCUGGUGCAUACACUCUACCAAUAAGUAUUACAAAAGGUGUUGAAACUCUACAACAUUUAUAUGGUAUAGAUGGAAGGAAACUAAUAGAUAGAUCUAUCCCUCGGAAAAGAAAUCAAGGUGACGUUGUAUGGUUUAAAGGUCCAAGCACCCGUAUUGAAGAACGAGUUUUAAACAUGGGCACUUCAAAUCAUUCUGAAUUCUCACUAUAUAAUAUAUUUCCAUGGAACCAAAAGAAACCCCACCUAGACUAUAAGGAGAUUGAAGAAGAGGUAACUGAACAUAUAAGACAUACUAGACACAAUAAAAGAAAAGAUGUUUUUGAAGAUGAUGUCGAAUUCAAAUUGCCAGAUGAAAAUGAAAAUAAAGAAGAUAUUAAAUAUGUUUCAGGAACCUAUGCACUUGGACUACGACCAUCUGCCACAUUUAUGGCCCACAAAUUAAAUAAAAGUGGGAUUCAUUAA